AGCGCCGCCUGUGUUGGCUGCGCUGCGGCGGGGGCGCGCCCGCCUCCCGGAGACGGAAGCGUGUAGGGGCGCGCAAGCCAAGGAGGCCUCGGGCGCGCGGGCCGCGGGAAGGAAGCGCCGCGGGCGGGCGCGCGCGGGCACCGGAAGCGCCCUCCCGGAAGCGCCCGCUCGGAAGCACCCUCCCGGAAGGUGCGGGGCGGCACCGCUGCGGCCGGCGCUGUGGGCAGCGGUCUGCCGGGAGUGCUCGGCGCAGGCCGUAGCCCGCAGCGCGACGAUGGCCUCCUCUCUCGGGCCGGCUGCGGCAGGAGAGCCGGCACUGGGGAACGAGGCGGAGCCCGGGCCGCCCGUGUCGCCGCCGCCACCUCCCCUGCAGCGCGAGCCUCUGUACAACUGGCAGGCGACCAAGGCAUCGCUGAAGGAGCGCUUCGCCUUCCUCUUCAACUCGGAGCUGCUGAGCGACGUGCGCUUCGUGUUGGGCAAGGGCCGCGGCGCGGCGGGCGGCCCACAGCGCAUCCCCGCGCACCGUUUCGUGCUGGCGGCCGGCAGCGCCGUCUUCGACGCCAUGUUCAACGGCGGCAUGGCCACCACGUCUGCCGAGAUCGAGCUGCCCGACGUGGAGCCCGCCGCCUUUCUGGCGCUGCUCAGAUUUCUGUAUUCAGAUGAAGUUCAGAUUGGCCCAGAAACAGUUAUGACCACUCUGUAUACUGCUAAGAAAUAUGCUGUCCCAGCCUUGGAAGCACAUUGUGUGGACUUCCUCACCAAGCAUCUUAGAGCAGAUAAUGCCUUUAUGUUACUUACUCAGGCUCGAUUAUUUGAUGAACCUCAGCUUGCAAGUCUCUGUCUGGACACAAUCGACAAAAGCACAAUGGAUGCAAUCAGCGCAGAAGGGUUUACUGAUAUUGACAUCGACACACUCUGUGCAGUUCUAGAAAGAGACACACUUAGCAUUCGAGAAAGUCGACUUUUUGGAGCUGUUGUACGUUGGGCAGAAGCAGAAUGUCAGAGACAACAACUGCCAGUGACUUUUGGAAACAAACAGAAAGUUCUAGGAAAAGCGCUUCCUUUAAUCCGCUUCCCACUGAUGACAAUUGAGGAAUUUGCAGCAGGUCCUGCUCAGUCUGGCAUUUUGUCAGAUCGUGAAGUGGUGAACCUCUUUCUUCAUUUCACUGUCAACCCUAAGCCCCGUGUGGAGUACAUCGACCGUCCACGGUGUUGCCUGCGGGGCAAGGAGUGCUGCAUCAACAGGUUCCAGCAGGUGGAAAGCCGCUGGGGCUACAGCGGGACCAGCGACCGGAUCAGGUUCACAGUUAAUAGAAGAAUCUCCAUAGUUGGGUUUGGCUUGUACGGAUCUAUCCAUGGUCCCACAGAUUAUCAAGUGAAUAUACAGAUCAUCGAAUAUGAAAAAAAACAGACCUUGGGACAAAAUGAUACCGGAUUUAGUUGUGAUGGGACUGCUAACACAUUCAGAGUCAUGUUUAAGGAACCUAUAGAGAUCCUGCCCAACGUGUGCUACACAGCAUGUGCAACACUCAAAGGGCCAGAUUCCCACUAUGGGACAAAAGGACUGAAGAAAGUUGUCCAUGAGACACCUGCUGCCAGCAAGACGGUUUUCUUCUUUUUUAGUUCCCCGGGCAAUAAUAAUGGCACUUCAAUAGAGGAUGGACAAAUACCAGAAAUAAUAUUUUAUACAUAAUGUUGUAAUACAUCUUGGCUAAAGAGUACCUACCACACAGUCUAGACUCAAACAUAUAAAGAACUGGCCACAAGAAAAAUAGUUUGAGUGUCAGGAAUAUUUAUGAUUGUAAGAUAAGAAACAUUUUAGUUUCUUAGGAGAACUAGAAAAAUGUUUAUUUAAAUCUCUGUGUGACUUAAUGGCAAAUUUUCCACUUUUUUGUCACGUUGGGAGAAAAGAGAGGUGGGUUUAAUUGUAUUAAAAAAUGCAGAUGUUUCAGCUGUCUCCUGUGUCAUUUCUUAGAUCAGCUGACUCGUAGUCUUUCAGUAGUUUUGGAAUUGAAAGAUUGUUGUAUGUAGCGAGUUUAGUUUCUUUUAAGUUUUGAAGGUUAGAUGAGAUGGGUCAGAAUUCCUAUUAACUCAAAUAACUCAUUUCAGAAUAUUAGGAAAACUGACUUUAUAUUUAAAAUUUUAAAAUAUCUGCUUGCUAACAUUUGGAAUAAUGCUAAAACACAGGCCUAAUAAAUGCCCAAGAAAAUUUUCAGUGCAUAUACAUAAAAGGAUGUUUUGUAAUAGUAUAGUAAUGCAUUACAUAGCAUAAGUUUUCAAACUCUAAAUGAAUUUUGUAUAAACUCACAAUAAUGUGAUGUAUACAGAGUCUCUAAUGGUAUAACAUGAGCCUGGGCUCUUCAUCAUUCAGCUGUGUCACCAUACCUGCCUGCCUGUCUGGGGCGCUGCUGCUGAGUUCCAAGACUGAGCUGAUGGUGGUGACUGAUGAUCAUUUAAAGAUACUGCUUCAGUGUGUGAUCAUCCUAUAUAGCAAGAAACGGAACACAAUUACUAACAUUUUUAACAGCUACUUUGAAAUUAUAAAGCUAUCCAAUAGAAUCACUCCUGCCAAAAAUACACUUUCUGUCACACAGUUCUAUUCAAGAAGUAACAUAUGUUUCAUAUUUGUGACCUCAUGAAUGUGACCAGCACAUGUAUUUUAGGAGGUAAGGAGUGUAUAUGGUAGAAUGGCAUUUAUACACUUUUAUAUACUGCAGAUUUUUAAAAUACAAAUAACUUUGCCCUUGAAAAUGACUGUUAUUUAAAAAAAAAACUUGUGUAAUUAAGCUUAAAGUAUAUCAGAUACUUGUGGAAGAUGACAAAAAUUCUUUUAAAUAUCGGAGAAUUUUUUUCUAAAUAGGAAAAGUUUUUUGUCAAAAGUACUAUUUCAUUAUACAUUUUCAAGAAAGCAGUGAGAUGUGUUGAGGUCUCUUGAAGAAGGGGACAACUUUUCUGUCUCGGAUACCUUAUGUCCUAUGGAUAUCUCUCACUUUACGGGAAUACCUAUAGGAUGUGUGGUUCUGGUUAACUAAAAAUUAACUGGCAAACACUGAAUAGUAACUAUUACCAAAAAGUACUUCUGCCUUUAAAAGUAUCGUAUGCCAGAGAUAAGUUAGUGGGGAAUUUUGAGGCUUGGGAAAUUCACAUGCUUUCUGUGUUACAUUGAACAGUUAGUUGUAAGUGAAUGUAACAGUAGAAGGUACGUACAAGCAACAACUACAAAUGUUGGGAAAUCACCUGAAAUUUUAAAGAAAUAAAUGUAUAUUAUCCUUUA